UAAGUAGUCGGUGUUUUGUUUUUAGUAGCAAUAUUCAAAUGAUUUUGCGUUGAAGACAAUCACUGAGGAAAAAUAUGAAUUUCACAAAAAAUCUGCUAUAUCUACUCCUAAUCAUAGUACCUUCAGUGAAAAAUAAAAGUGACGAAUUUAAAAAACCGACUAUCUUGAUAUCAAUUUUAGUUAGAAAUAAAGCUCACACGUUGCCAUAUUUUCUCUCGAAUUUAGAAAGACUGAAUUACCCAAAAAACCGAAUUUCUCUAUGGAUUAGAAGUGAUCACAACAUCGACAGAAGUAUCGAAAUACUCAGGUUGUGGAUAUCAUCCGUGAAAGGUGAUUACCACUCUAUCAACACUGAAUUCAGUGAUUUAGAACGGGGAUUCCCCCAGGAACAAAGUCCGGCCCAUUGGACUGUCGACAGGUUUAACCACGUCAUAAAUUUACGAGAAUCAGCCCUGGAUCACGCUAGAUUGAUGUGGGCGGAUUUCUUUCUUGCGAUAGACUGUGAUGUAUUUUUAAUAAACCGAGAGACCUUAAACUACCUGGUUUCCAAAAACUUCACCGUUGUCGCCCCGAUGCUGAGAUCGGACGGAUUGUAUUCUAACUUCUGGCACGGGAUGACCGAGGACUAUUACUAUCAGAGAACUGACGAAUACAAACCCGUGCUGAACAGACAGAGCGUGGGGUGUUUCAACGUGCCCAUGGUACACUCCUGCGUCCUCAUUAACCUCAGAAAAUCCGAAUCCGACAUGCUAACUUACGUUCCCGGCAACAUAAAAGAUUUCAACGGACCAAACGACGACAUUAUCACCUUCGCCGUUGGCGCCAAUCGCAGCGGCAUCUCCUUGAACUUGUGCAACGAGGAGAUAUUCGGUUUCGUGAUGGUCCCUUUGGAACAAGGGGAUCAACUGGCACUGGACUACGAACAAUUGAUUAAUAUCAAAUUAGAGGUGCUGGUUGAGAACGGCACUCUGUACGUCAAUGAUCUCCUCGCGUCUUUUACUCCCGAAAUUCCCGAGAAGGAUACACUUGGUUUUGACAAAAUUUUCAUGAUUAAUUUGAGGAGGCGGCCGGAGAGAAGACGAAGGAUGUUUGCCUGUUUCGAUGAGCUGGGACUGGAGGUGACAACUUUAGACGCCGUGGAUGGGCAGAAUUUAAAUGAAAGCUUCUUGGAAGGAAUUCAAUUUAUGCCUGAAUUUAAGGACCCCUAUCAUAAAAGGCCCAUGACGCUGGGCGAAAUCGGCUGUUUCAUGAGCCACUUCAAUAUUUGGAAGGAGAUAGUCGCUAAUGGCUACGAGAACACCCUCGUCCUGGAGGAUGACAUCCGUUUCGAGCCCUUCUUCAGGCUGAAGGUUGCGAAGUUGAUGGAGGAAUUAAGGGGGAUGCCGGAGUGGGACUUGGUAUAUCUGGGGCGAAAGCGACUCCAGGAGAACGACGAGCCCUGGGUCGAGGGAUCCGAUCAGUUAGUGAAGGUCGGCUAUUCUUAUUGGACCUUAGGCUACGUGCUCAGCUCGAGUGGGGCAAGAAAACUGUUAGACGCCGAUCCGCUGUCGCGGUUGGUGCCGGUCGAUGAGUAUUUGCCCAUUUUAUUCGACAAGCAUCCUCAGGACAGCUGGAAGAAACACUUCUCUCGACGGGACCUGGUGGCUUUCUCGGCGGCCCCUUUGCUGCUCUAUCCCACGCAUUAUACCGGCGACAAGGGGUAUAUCAGCGACACCGAGGAUUCGGUUAUCAUCCCAGAAGUUCUGAGUAGCGCCAGAGACGAUCUUUAACAACACUCGAGGUGUUUUAUGGAAAUAACGGCCAUCAACUCUAGUCUUCUGGUUAAUUGCUAUCAUCCAAUCUUGGUACAAUCGACCUUGGAUGUCUAGUUACUUUGCAUAGUGCCAUUUAGUUUAAUAUAAUUUGUUUGCUUUAAAUUUAAGCGUUGCUAUUUGUUUGUGAUUACACCGAGGCUUUAGCCAUGAAUAAAAAUUGAUUAACCUUGAUUUUUUUGUCAUGACUGUCAGUUAUUAACUUUGUCUUGAAACUUUUACAAUUUAAGAAUUUAAGAAUUGCAUGCAUAUGGUAGUGUACACUAAUAAGAAAAACCGCCAUUAUAAUACACAUCAUCUUGGUCCUAUUCCUUGGUCCUAUCCUUGGUCCUUGGUUCCUAUUGGUCGAUUUCCCUCAGUGUAGGUUUUGCCAUUGUUUUUUAUAUUCGUUCAAGUACAAGAAGUGCCUUAUAUUUAUAGAUCUAUGUGCAAGAGCAGUUGCUGAUAAUUCUAGAUGUAAUGUUUGAUGUAUAAAACUAUAGUUGUAUUUCUCUUUUUUAACUUUUUUUA